UCGCCGCGCACUUUUUCUCGGACUCUCGUGAUCAGUUUGUUCUCCCACUCCUCACCAGUCACACCACCGGCCCACCCCAAAGCAAGCAUCAGUUCUUUUACCUACACCUCUCUAUUAUUUAUUUAUUUAUUUAUUUAUUUAUUUAGGAAUUAACAGAACCAAAACAAAAGACUCGGGAGUCGGGGAGGAGGAGGAGGGUACUUGUAAGGUGAAGCAGUUGACCUCCAGAAGCGGCUUCUUCCUUCGCUCUCCACAACCCAACCCCCAACAACACACACACACUCACGUGGCCGAGCUUCCUCACGGGGAAUACCUCUUUUUCGGUGUUCUGUUUCCUCUUUCUCCCGCCCCGCCCUAAUCCUCGCCAAUGGAAAUGGCGGGGAGGCGAUCGGGCUACACCCUCCUCUCCCAGUUCCCCGACGACCCCCCGCCGCCGCCUCCUCUCGAGCGGACCCGAUCCAAGGGGGCGGUGAUGGCGGCGCCGCCGCCGCCUCUUCCUCCUCCUCCGCCGCUUCCUCCGCCGCCGCCGCCGCCCUCCGCCGGCUCCACGAUCGACUGGCUCCAGCCGCAGUCCAGCGGGAGCAGCUUCGAGGAGAGCUCCGUCUCCGGCGACUGCUACCCCGCUCCCACCCUAUCCUCCGUCGUCGCCGGCGACGAGCGAGCUGGGAAGGAGGGGGAGGCGGCGGCGGCGCCCGCGGCGUCGGCGGCGGCGGCGCCCAAGAGCUGGGCGCAGCAGGCGGAGGAGACGUACCAGCUCCAGCUCGCGCUGGCCCUCCGCCUCUGCUCGGAGGCGGCUUGCGCGACGGAUCCCAAUUUCUUGGACGCCGGCGAUCAGAUCGUAGGGUUGCAGCCGCUUGCUCCCGCUGAAUCCCUCUCGCAUCGCUUCUGGGUAAAUGGCUGCUUGUCGUACUAUGAUAAGGUUCCGGAUGGAUUUUACCUGAUUCAAGGAAUAGAUCCAUUUGUAUGGACCUUAUGCAACGACGUGCAAGAUGGGAAUCGAAUUCCUUCGAUUGAGUCGCUAAAAGCUAUUCGGCCCGGUGACACGUCUAUUGAAGUGGUUGUGAUUGACAAAAUGGGCGACUUUGAUUUGAAGCUGCUACAAAAAAUGGCAGUUGACAUUUCGUCUACUCGGCCCUUGUCAAAGGACGACGUUGAUCUGCUUGCCAGCCUUGUAUGCACUCGCUUGGGGGGUGUAGCUUCUAGCGAAGAACACGAAUUGCUCCCUCUCUGGAAAGAGUCCAAUGAGAUUCUCAAGGCUAGUUCAGCUUCUGUUGUGCUUCCUAUUGGAAAGUUAUCUGUCGGUCUAUGUAGGCACCGAGCCUUGCUAUUCAAGACUCUAGCAGACUCGAUAAAUCUACCAUGUCGAGUCGCAAGGGGCUGCAGAUACUGCAAAAGUGAUGAUGCCGCCUCUUGUCUGGUGCGCUUUGGCCUUGAAAGGGAGUACUUGAUUGAUUUGAUUGGGAAUCCUGGAUCCGUGUGUGAACCUGACUCCCUCUUUAAUGGUCUCUCUUCCAUUCUGAUUUCUUCACCUCUUCGUCCUCCAAAACACAAAGCAGUUGGCAUUACUGAUAACUUUAGAUCUUUGGCCGCACAAUAUUUCCUGGAUUGUCAAUCACUUAAUGCUAUGUUUAGUGAUGCAUCAGCAGCAGCAGUUGUUGAUCAGGAAGACACUAUGUGCUCGUUUCUUGAUCCAAACUCAUUUCUACAUGCAACCAACAGUGAUAGUGAAGCAACUCAUCCUCGUAAUCAGAGGAUUGCUCAGCCCCAUGGACAACAUGGGGAUUUGCAGCCCAAGAAAUUGUGUAAUUCUUCUCAGAAUAUUGUUAGCUCAGAACAGAUAGCACAGGAUCAGCCCCAUGCAGAUGUUAUGAAUGUUUCACCAAUUCUGCCAUUUAAGGAUAUCAAGGCUGAUAAGAAUACCAAUUUUGAUGUCCGUGAGGAGAAUCAUUUCGGCCAGUGCAGUGCCCUUAAUGAUAUAUCUCUUGCUGUGGAUGAUUUAAUGAUUCCCUGGAGUGAACUUGUUUUAAAGGAAAAAAUUGGUGCAGGUUCCUUUGGAACUGUCCAUCGUGCUGAUUGGAAUGGCUCGGAUGUAGCUGUCAAAAUUCUCAUGGAGCAAGACUUCCACCCAGAGCGCCUGAAUGAGUUUCUAAGAGAGGUUGCAAUAAUGAAGAGUUUGCGACAUCCAAAUAUUGUUCUUCUGAUGGGUGCUGUUACUCAACCUCCUAACCUUUCCAUUGUUACAGAAUAUUUAUCCAGAGGAAGCUUAUAUAGGCUACUACAUAGGCCUGGGGCAAAAGAAACUCUAGAUGAGAAGCGCCGUUUAAGUAUGGCUUUUGAUGUGGCAAAGGGAAUGAAUUAUCUUCAUAAGCGAAAUCCUCCAAUUGUUCAUCGAGACUUAAAAUCUCCAAAUUUGUUGGUCGACAAAAAAUAUACUGUGAAAGUUUGCGACUUUGGCCUCUCCAGGUUGAAGGCAAACACAUUUUUAUCUUCCAAGACUGCAGCAGGGACUCCCGAGUGGAUGGCACCAGAAGUUCUACGUGAUGAACCAUCAAACGAGAAGUCUGAUGUCUACAGCUUCAGUGUUAUCCUGUGGGAGCUUAUGACCUUACAGCAGCCCUGGAGUAAUUUAAAUCCUGCUCAGGUGGUAGCAGCUGUUGGUUUUAAGGGGAGAAGGCUUGAUAUUCCAAGCGAUGUAGAUCCACAGGUGGCUGCAAUAAUUCAGUCUUGUUGGGCCAAUGAGCCAUGGAAACGGCCUUCUUUUUCCAGUAUCAUGAAAUCGCUGAAGCCGCUAAUCAAGACUUCAACCUCUUACCCGGCUCAGGCAGAAAGUUAGCAGUUAUUCAUUUGGCUCCCUCUUGCCAAACUAAUUUGAAGGCGCAGGGUUACAAAGGUGGCUUCUUGCCAUCCGGAGUCCUAUAUGACAAAUGGCAAUGAAUAACGGCUGGUUAUAUUGUUGACUAGUCCAAUCUAGAAAGUUCACUUUAUGUUAGUGUCUGUCUGUCCAGUGACAAAUUUUCCUGGAGAAUCACCAUAAGAAGUGGAAAUAGCAUGUCACGUGUACAUACAGUGAUGUUACUAACAUAUUACUUUUGAUCCAAAAAUGCGUGCGUUUCAUUUUA